GGUGUUAACCUGUGUUUAUGUUGUGUGAUAUCACUGUGCUGCGGGGGCCAAAGGCUCACAAAAUGGGAGGUUCUAUUGCUCUGAAGGAAAAGCCCGGCACUGGAUCUUUGUUCGCAUUCCAUGUCAGGGUGGUUGUUGAUCAUCAUCAACCAGGCCAAACCUCCUCCAGCUCGACCAAGGAAGACGCCCUGCACCCGGGGACAAGUGCAGAUAGUGCAGACAAGGGGUUCCAUGUCAAGGAGAAUCAGUGUACAAGUUCAUCGUCCACAGAAGGGGAGGAAGCACCGACGAUCACUCAGUUCGCGGCAGAAGAGAUAGAAGAAAGGACCUCUCAGUUCAAGACAGAACAGAUAGAAGAAUGUAGGAGAGAGCCCAUGAGUAACUCGGCUACGGCUCGCUUGCCGACUUCAGCUGAACAUCAGGUAUGGCAGGCAACGGCUGACACGAUCAGCGGCACGCCAAAGCCGCCACAGCAUCCUGAAGACCCCUGCUCGUCUUCCCCACAACGAGAGCAAACUCCACCCGGCCGGCUCGGAAGCGAUAUGAACGGCAAGCUGGGAAUAGCUGCGUCGACCGCCUGCGAAAUCAUUCCGGACAUUGUGGAAGACUGUGUUUCAUCUCGCUGCUGCAGUCCACGAGCAACGAAGUCCACAACCGUCGCUACCCAAGGUCGUCCUCAGUCAACGAGGCCGCUCACUGGAAUGAAGAUCCUGGUUGCGGAGGACACACCACUUCUCCGAAAGCUUGAAGUAACUUCGCUCCAAAGACUCGGGGCAGAAGUUGUCGGCGUGGAAGAUGGGAAAAAGGCAGUGGAUGCAGUUUGCGAGGGAGCUGACGGUUCUUCGAAGAAACAAUUUGAUUGUGUGAUGAUGGACUGCCAGAUGCCAGUGAUGGAUGGCUAUUCGGCGACUAGUGCUAUCCGCAGCAUGGAGCGAGAGAAAGAUGACGGAAGUCAUUUGCUAAUCGUUGCACUCACCGCGAAUGACAUAACCGAUGAAGCAAAAUGCAUCGAGGCGGGGAUGGACGCAUUUUUGACAAAGCCAUUGAGAGCAAACCAAUUGGUUGACAUCAUCAAGAACUUCUGUUCCCGGAAGUGUGUUGCUGUGAGGGAGGAGUCUUGAGCGAGGAUUGAGAAAGGGAUGGAAGUGGGGAGGAAAGGGAGUGGAUUGAGCUGCUCUUUUAUUGACGGCAGAAGAUCUGUUAGGAUUGGAUUGAAGAACCUCAGAUGUGUUCGGGUUGAUGAUCCUGAUCAGUCGCGAGAUGAUUGAAGAAAGCAGGACGGCCUUGAAGAUCUGUUAGGGUUUAUCCUUGUGUGAUGGAGUUGCUGCCAAAGGGGGGCAGCAACUCCAUCACACAAGGAUAAACCCUAACAGAUCUG